AUGCCAAGAUAUAUUCCGUCGUGGCUCGCCUGGGGUCGCUUUGGCGUGGCUGGACUGCCAUCUGCCCCUGCAACAGGUCUAGGAGCAUUCCGACAACUGGCUUUUCACCCAUCAAAAAUCUCUAGACAAUAUGAGACUCUUCCAUUUUCACUACCUCUACGUGCUGCAUCUUUUCUUGCACCGAAGCAAUACGGUAGGCAGAAUAGCAGAAGUCGAAAAUCACGGGGACCCCCGGUCGGCGUUGCUGUACUUUCGCCCGCUCCGAACCGAUACACCUGCAACGGCCGAUACCCUCCUACAGUAUGGAUGCUGUCAAAGCGGUCCUACAGCAGCAGUAUAUCCGAUCAGAAACAAGUACGAGCAAAUGAGGCGACAAACAAAGCAGGAAAGCCAGAACAAACGAAGAGCAAUGGCGAGACGCCUGAAAGCAUCUCAAGCACAGAGGAUUCCUCCAAGAUAGAGAGUCAAGCUGAAUCAUUAGCUGCCUCUGUAUCCAAGUAUCUACAUUUGCCAAAGAUGCCCCAUCGACCGACGAAGGAGGAGCUACUGGCUGCAGCGAACGGCUUCUGGGAACGCUUAAGGGUACGCUUCAAAUGGAUGUCCAUUAGAAGCAUGCGACCGUGGAACGCGGAUGAAUGGGGAGCAUUCGUCUCCUGGUUCUUAUUUGGCCAUUUAGUUUGGAUCCUGGUCGGGACUACAACGUUUUUCUCCCUCCUCAUCCUGUCUAUUAACACCGUCUUUGCUCAAGAAACCCUCGCGAAAUGGAUCGGAGACUACUUGACGCAGUCAGCAGGUGUCACCGUGGUGUUCGAAUCGGCCAUUGUUCCCAAAUGGGGAGAUGGAGUCAUUGCGUUCCGCAAUGUCUUUGUUUCUCGUCGUCCAGGACAAGUCGAGUCGUCCGUCAGCAAGGGAUCAUAUGAUGAAGCAGCUGCGGCCGCCGCUGGUCGUCAAGCACAACAUACUGAUUCCGAAGACAUGGAAGAUGACGGCAACUACACCCAAUUUGACGUGACGAUUGCCAAUGUCAAUGUAACGCUCUCCUUCCUAAAUUGGUGGAACGGAAAGGGUCUACUGAAAGACGUGGAGGUCAACGGCGUCCGAGGUGUGGUCGAUCGCACAUCUGUACGAUGGCCAGUUGUACCUGUGGACCCUUAUUCGUACAGACACGAGCAUCAAGCCGGCGAUUUCGAGAUUGAGUCGUUUAAGCUUGAAGAUUUGCUGGUAACCAUACACCAGCCAAACGGCUUCCGGCCCUUUUCUGUGAGCAUCUAUUCUUGCGAGUUACCACAGUUGCGGAAGCAGUGGCUCUUUUAUGAUUUUUUAGCCGCGACACACGUGUCCGGAUCGUUUGACGGGUCUCUCUUUACAAUACACCCUCGUCAAGUUCAUGGUAUCCCGUCCAAUCAUUAUCCGGGCGGACCCAUGGACGCUGAUGAAACCAAGGCCUGGAAGAAGUCGAGCCGCCUCAGGAUCGAUGGGCUCAAAAUUGACCAUUUAAAUCGUGGUGUGGAGGGCCCUUUUGGAUGGAUCUACGAGGGCGACGUAGAUAUCGUCGCUGACGUCAUAUUCCCCGCGGACAAUGAUGAGAGCAUUACUAAGGUCAUGGCCGAUUUUUACGACCAACUCGAAGACGUCGUCGUGGCCAACAGAAACCGAUUCCUUCGCGACACGGUUGAGGAGGACUAUCAGCCCCUACUGGUUCAGUCGGGUCACAUAUCAGAAGCCGCCACGGCCCCGCCACCAGCAGAAGAGGAUAUCAAGACCGCGGCCUCGGCUCCAGGCGACGAAGACCGGCGCUUCUUCAUCAUGGAUCUCCGGAUCCACCUCAACGACGUCAAGGCCGCGAUGCCCUUAUUCACCAAGGACAUGUCAUAUGUCAACCAGGCGCUAGUCCGCCCCAUUGUAGCCUACAUCAACGCCAAAAAGACAUACAUUCCCAUUGCGUGCCGCAUCGUCAAGCGCGUCAGCGACUUCGACGGCGCCUGGACCUUGUUCGACUGCGGUCUGAUGGACGACGCGUCCGCCGAGACGUACGAGGCCUUUGCGCAGGACAUUGAAGACCGCCACUCGCGCGUCCGGCGCUUCAAAAAGGUGGGCUUCUGGACCCUGUCGCUCGCCGUCCACGCCCUGUUCAUGGGCAUGGCGGGCAAUGUCGUCUGA